GGAAAACGAAAACACAGUCAUGCCCUCAGUGAUGGAGCGCUCGGGGGCCGGGGUCCUGUCCAGGAGCAGAGCCAAAACUGUAACCAACGGCAACAGCCAACCACACUCUGAGGAGGAGAGCAGCGAUGAAGAGCAUGCUCACGACAGCAUGAUCAGAGUGGGAGGAGACUACCAGGCUCAGAUCCCCGAGUUCAAACCAGACAGUCCAACCCGCUACAAUGAGAAGGACCAGAGGAGCAUGCUGGUGUGGUGUCCCAACAGUCAGCUCUCUGAUGCCAUGUUGGACGAGUACAUCCUGAUGGCUAAAGAGAAACAUGGAUACAACAUGGAGCAGGCUCUUGGCAUGUUGUUAUGGCACAAACACGAUGUGGAGCGCUCACUGGCCGACCUGGCCAACUUCACCCCCUUCCCAGACGAGUGGACAGUCGAGGAUAAAGUGUUAUUUGAACAGGCCUUCAGCUUCCAUGGAAAGAGCUUCCACCGCAUCCAGCAGAUGCUUCCAGACAAAAUGAUCUCCAGCCUGGUGAAGUACUACUACAGCUGGAAGAAGACCAGGACCAGGACCUCCGUCAUGGACCGUCAGGCCAGGAGGCUGGUUAACAAGCGAGAGAAAGAUGACAGUAAUGACGAGUUGGAGGAAGGAGACCCAGGCAGUGACAGUGACUUUGAGAUUGACGCCAAGAAAGAGGCAGUGAAACAGAACCCCAGCAGCACCAGCUCCGACAAAGCCACCCCCAGUCGCUCUGGGCCAGUGAAGAAGGAGAGCAUCGGGGCUCAGUACAGACACCACCCGCUCAGAGCCCGUCGCAGGCCACCCAAAGGCAUGCACCUGGACCAGGGCGACAUCAUGUCUCUGUCGGCCUCCCAUGAUUCUGGCGUCCUGACUAUACGUCAGCUGGACACGCAGCUGGUUUCACUCAAGAGACAGGUUCAGUCUAUUAAACAGAACAACAGCAGUCUGAAGCAUAGUCUAACUGAGGGUGUUGAUACAUUAAAACCUACUGAGCCUGCCCCGAAGAUGAACUCUCGUUGGACCACAGAGGAGCAGCUCCUGGCUGUGCAGGCUAUCCGCCGUUACGGGAAAGACUUCACAGCCAUCGCCGAAGUGAUAGGAACUAAGACACCAGCUCAGGUGAGCUCGUUCUUCGUGAGCUACCGGCGCCGCUUCAACCUGGACGAGGUGCUGAGGGAGUGGGCGGCCGAGCAGGUGGCCACCAGCCGAGACCAGAGAGACCCCAGGAGGAGCAGCGAGGAGAUGGCAGCAGCUACAGAUGGAGGCGCAGAGGAGGACGAGGUCAAAAUGGAGGACUCUCCCACGGACACCCCCGGCGGCUCCUCUCCUCCCUCCUCCACCCAGACCCCCUCCUCCCUCUCCCAGCCUCCCCCGCUGCUGCGCCCGGCUCCCCCCUCCGCCCCGCCGAGCCUCCUCCGCCAGCCGCCUCCCCUCCAGACUCGCCCGCUCCAGAACCGAGCGCCCCACAACCACCCCCCGCCGCCGCUCAUCCGGCCCGCCGUCACCUCCUCCUCCACCUCCACCGGGAGCUCCAGUCUCAGGGGUUCUCCACCCAGCUCCUCCUCCUCCUCCUCCUCCUCCUCUUCCUCCUCCGCUGCAGUGCAGAUGCCUCCAUCACUGGUCGGGCUCAAAGUGGAGCAGCCCAACUCGCACUGAUACACACAGAUAUGACAGUAGGGAUAGAAACACACACACACACACACACACACGUUAGCAUGCAAACACACAGACACGAAUCUUUGUCGUCUCAGAGAAACUCCUUCACCUUGUAACUCCAUCAUCACUCCAAGCCUUCAUUCCUGGGACCAUCGCUCACCACACCAUCGACUGCUCAGGUCCCAACGGUGACGCCGCCGCCGCCGCUCUGAGAAAUGUGUCAGGAAGAGUGUGAGGACCCCCUGGGUGACCUGAAGCCCCUUUACUGUACUAACAAACACCUACCUCCAGUACACAGCUCUCUAACGCACACACACACACACACGCACACAAACAGCUCCAAUCUACCUGCACACACUUCACUGAACAAAGAGACACUGGAUCAUCAAGCUGUUGAAGAAAGCCAUGACCACCCAGAGCAGACCCACCUGCUCGUCUCCAUGGCAACUGCUGCACAUCUGGAUUGCAGAGGAAUGCGGUUGAACACACACAUACACACACACACUCACACUCUCUAUAUAUAAAUAUCUAUAGGGUAGGUUCCACUGGGCAGAUAUCAAGUCAUCCAAACAACCUUCAGGAAACAGAAAUAAAAGAGAAACGACGAGGACGAGUCGCCCACAUCUGAGCCAAACCUGCUCCUCCCGCCGUGGAAAGCAUGUGAAGAAAUGUCUCCUUUGCAGCUUUGCUUUAAAACUUGGAGCCUCAAAUAGGAGCAAAAAGCUCCACGAGUUUAUUGUUCUGGUUUUUUAAUGGUUGUCGACGAAUCUGUUGGUUCCUAAUCGGGCAAAAAAUGGAAACGGAAGAGCGGGAGGCCCCAGAGCUCCGUCUUCUCACAUAGCCAUGUAUUACUAGUGUUAACUGGAGUGAUGUUUCCCUUUGUUUGACUAGACUUUUAAAGGUGAGCCCUAGGUAGGCACGUAGUGACUGUACGUAGUUUAGGUCGUGCAUACUUUAUUAUGAUGAUUAUUGACUGAGCACUGAGGAGAAAAAGAGCCUUUAACACAUGAUUCGGUGGCCUGCUACAGUGUUUAACGUCCCACUGCUUUAAGAGGAACAUUUCAGCGGUCGCCCCUCCGACACCGGCCGCUCUGAGGAGCAACUGAGAACGGUAGCCUCGGUGUUUAAACUCGAUCUACUCUGACCUCCGACAGAUUUGUGUCCACUGGAAAAAAAGAAAAUGUUCUGCCAAAGUCUGUUAUUGCUUUAAAAGCACACUGUCCCAGAGUUCCACUGUCUCCAGUUGAGAACAGUGUUUGACAUUGUUGGCUGUCUGUGUUCAAAACUAAAGAAAACUGAAGGACAGUUUGGGAGAUAGUCGGGAAAUCGUUUUUGUAGGACGUCCAAACCAGCUGUUUGGUUGUUGUUCAGUUACCAGGAUGUUCGAAUGAUUAAAAAUAUGAAUUUACAAAGACAACUCUGAGGUCAAAGGAGAUCAGGAGGAAGCUUCUGCUGUAGCGUCAGCCGCUCGAUUAAUUUAGCAAAUGAAGCAUCUGGAAAUGCGUGUUUUUUUUUUGUUGUUGUUGUCCUGCCACUGUGCAGUUUUCUGCUUCCUCGCUGGUGUUUUGGGCUCAACGCAUCCCGAGGCGACGAAUUCACAACUUCACAAACAAAUGACUGAAACCGUAUUUGUCUGUGACACCUUCAACACUUAGUUCUGGUUUCUUUUGGACCGAAUCUGUCCUCGUCUCCACAGUCCAGCUGCCUGUAUCACUGCCUUUUUCACAGACGUGGGGUCACAUGUCUGGUUUCUGUAACCUGUUCAGUCUGCAGAGGCCUCCAGCGUCCAGCUGAAGGCAGCACUGAGUGGACUCGCUCCAUCACUGCGUUUGGCUUUAAAGUGACUUUGCUCGGACUUGUUUUCUUACAUUUGUUCCUUCCUCCAAAAACUGCUUGUGUGUAACGUAUGUGAGAAGUUGUUUACAUUGUGGAAACUGAACUGUUUGUGUUUGAGAAAUGUUUUUUUUUUUUUUUAGAAUAAAGAAAUGACCAAAUAGUU